UUUCAACUUUAUGACUGAAUUUUAUAAAAGCAGGCAUGAUAGUUUGGCUGGUUUAGUAAAGAAAUGACGGGCGAUAAGUUGAAAAGCCACAUGGAAAGCGGUAACCAGAUUGACCAGAAUGGGGGCAAACAGUGGCCGCAGAUUCUGGCGAUUUUGAUUCUUUCCAUUGGGUGCUUUACCACAGGAAUCCAGUUUUCGUGGAGUUCGCCCUUUUCACUGGUGAUAGUUCAGGACAAGGAAAACUACAACAUUACCGAAGCGGACACGGAAUUAUUCAUGCUUUUCCAGCCGAUUGGAAUGAUUGUGAUGACGAUUUUCGUGGUUCCGAUCAGCGAUCUGAUUGGCAGGAAAAAGUCCCUGCUGCUCAUUGCCCUUCCUCAUAUUUUGACCUGGACAAUCGGGAUUGUGGGGACCAGCAAGUGGGAGUUUUACAUUUCGCGAUUUAUUGCUGGAUUUGGAGACGCCGCUGUCUUCUCCUGCAUUCCUCCUUAUGUGGGGGAAAUAACCACUCCAAGUGUGAGGAACUUUUGGGCCAAUGUGCCCACUUUUUUCGUUUAUAUUGGAGGAUUUGCCAUCACCACUCUUGGAAGCUACUUCAACGUCCGAACAACUGCCUACAUCUGCAUAGGGCUGCCCAUCGCCUACUUCAUCCUGGUGCUUGUCCUCCUGCCAGAGUCCCCCUACCAGCUUAUUAAAGAAGGAAAGCUGGAGGAGGCAAAGAGGAGCAUCCAGUGGCUGCAACGAAAGGAGGACGUCAAUCAGGAGUUCUUCUCCAUGAAGGCGGACGUCGAGAGGCAAAUUUCUGAAAGUGGAACCUGGUGCGACAUGGUCCGAAUCCCUACCAACCGAAACGCGCUGAAAGCGGGAGUAUUUGUGCGCCUCUCCCAGCAGUUUUGCGGCAUCUCCACCUUCGCCACCUACACGCAGACGAUUUUCCAGAAAGCCGGUGGAAAUCUCAGUCCCCAGGGAUCUUCGAUGAUCUUCACUGGAGUGGUGGCGGUCUUCAACAUCGCCGCCACAUUCUUCGUAGCCCGGAUGGGCAGGAGAACCUCCUACUUCUACUCCCUGCUGCUCUCCGCAAUGGUGCUCUUGGGCAUCUCCAUCUACUUCUUCAUCGAGCAGUUCCAGCUGGCCAACUUGGAGAAGCUCAACUGGUUUCCAUUGGCGGCCCUAAUCACCUUCGUCAUCACCUACUCCUUAGGACUGGGUCUGGUACCCACUCUUAUGCUUGGGGAACUUUUCUCGGCCAGCAUCAAGUCCAAGGGCUUGGGAAUUCUGGUCUGUGUCUUCGGAAUAGGAGUGAUGGUUUCCAUUAAUCUCUUCCAUGUGAUGACGGCAUAUGUGGGGCUGUACUCUCCUUUUCUACUUUACGCCAUUUGUUGCUUCAUCUCAACUUUUCUCACGUUGAGGUGGGUGCCCGAGACCAAGGGGAAGACGCUGGAGGAAAUCCAGCAAUCUCUUAAGAGUCCUGUUAAAUAAACCGUUUUUUUGCCUGUUA